UAAAGGCACAAGAAACUUAAAUAACAAAAUAAAAAUCAUAUCAGGUAGCUACUUUUGUACUAUCUCAGUAGUGCAAUAUGUGUUGUCCAAACUAUAAUAGCAGGGAAUUUAGAAAAAAAGUUUCAAAAUUUGGUGAUCAACAAUUAACUAGGGAUUUUUGACCUUAUUGAAAGAAGCAAUUAUGACGCUGGCAGUAAUGGUUGUGGUUGUUGUAUUGAGGGUUUAUUGGUGUCUUCUGCAUUAAAAGCUUGUGAUGAACGUUGCACAUUUAAUUCCCAGAGCCAAUAACUGCAUUGUGCUUUCUUCCCAGCAGCCUCAACUCCAGAGUGCUAAUCUUUCUUAACCUUUUUGGCUUCAUGCAUGUGAGAGUGAGUACAUGGUAGCUGGUGAUAUGGCUACACUCAACUUAUUUCAACUUCUUUCUCUUGUAUUGAUAAUGGUGGAUUUACCGUCAAGCCUAGCAGAAUCAACACUGCUCCUUCAUUUCAGUCGUACUCCACCACCUUUGACCAGGUCCUCUAACGCCAUUUUCCAGUACUUGGUUAAGAGGUUGGAUGGUACCAACGCUUGUAAGAGAGAUGCUUGUUCAUUUUCCUGUGAGCUUGAUUGGAAGGUUUUUCCUUGCGGAGCUAAUGGUACUGUGUUGAAGAACUUAACUGUAAACGAGAAGCAUUACUUCGUUCUCACUGUUACUACGAACAAGGGAGAAAGAAAUUCAUCAACUUACUCGUGGUUUAUAGACAGAAUCCCCCCAACCGCAAUCAUCUCUAGUGAAGAGACAUAUACAAAUGCCAAGAGGAUAUUGGUUGAUAUCACAUUCAGCGAGCCAUGCACUGGAUUGGGUGGUUUUAAUUGUCAGAACUCAUCAAACUGUGAUGUCUUUGUAACUGGUCCAGCCCAUGUCCGUGCUUCUUCUCUACAAAUUAUUAGAACAGGCACUAAGUAUGGUUUUGAAGUGAUUCUCUCCUCAAAGAUCGCAUAUGGGCGUGCAGUAAUCCAAGUUGCAGAUAAUAUUUGUGCGGAUCAAGCUGGAAAUAGGUUCAAGAGAACCAAUAUUUCUUCUUUGAUCAUUCACUUCGAUAGAAGACCAGUUACAGUAGAUUUCUGGACUUCAGUUCCAUCAUAUGAGUUGGUAAUUAACAAAGUCCCAAGAACAGUGUUCGCAACUAGGAAAACAGAAGACCUGAUAAUUUUCUUGGACUUCAGCUUUCACUUGCGAAAUUCAACCAAGCAGAUUCUAAACGCAUUAAAUGUCAAUUCUGGUAUCUUAGUGCCUUUCCAUGUCAGACAUAAUGAGACCCGCCGUUUUGCUUUUAAACUCAAGAACAUCUCAGGAACUGAGAUCAUCACGGUUGAAUUACUGGCUUCUUCAAUAUUUGGCAGGACGGGCACUCCUGUCUCACCUGUUGCUCCUAUUACAUUCCUUUAUGAUUCAAUGAAACCUGGUGUUACACUGAGGACCAGCUCAGAGAGUGUAACAAAGGAAUCUCACAUUAACAUAAUUGUUGAGUUCACAAAGCCAGUCUUUGGCUUUGGGGCCACUAUGGUAGAAGUAAUGGGAGGAAGACUGAUCAGGUUAAAGGAACUAUCAAGAGCUCUAUACUCGUUGUCUGUCCAAGCAGUAUCUCAAACAGUGGUGUCAGUUACCGUUCCUGCAGGGAAGGUAACUGAUAUAUCAGGAAACGAAAAUAUGGCAUCCAACCAACUUGAAGUAAAGCAUCAUUCCACCCCUGCAAUAUCCAUCGCAUUACAUUCAUUUGUGAGCGCUGGGACAAUAGCUACAUCACUUGUAGCUGCUAUAUUUUCACUGUCCUCUGCAAAUCUGGAAGCAAUGGGCACACUUGCUUCAGGAGGUACAAAAAGUGCUGCUUCCUGUCCAUCAACGAAUCUACAUCGAAUGAUAGGACACCUACAGAUCUUUGCCAUCUCAGGCUGGUUUCAGUUAAUCAACCUAUUGCAUACUCUGAAACAACAAGAGGUCUCCUGUGGCUCAUACCCCAUCACAAGCUUCCCUGGAAAGAUUUUGGUACUUCAACCUCAGAUCACAAAGGUUUUCCGGCAGAAGAAAAUUUUUUUAGCAUAACUGAUGGGUUGUUUGUUGGGGCCAACUCUCCUAACAGGGACCACCAUCAAAUGACUUCACAAAUUCCUCGUACACCCAACAUCUUGCCAUGCUUCCAAGUGAGAUAAAUUCAAAAGUUGGUUGGCUUCCCCAUCAGCACAAUAUAAGUAUAAAAAGUACGUCCUUUGGUCAACCUCUCAGCUCUGGUGAAUAUUUUAGUCAUUUCUUGAGAGGAGAACCCAUGUCAGCUAGCAAUGUCAUCAAGAAACUGGGAAAUUACAAAGGGUGGCUGGACUUGGAGAAGAAUUUGUUCUGGCUUGGUGUGGGAGGAGGCAGUUUAGUUUUAAUUCAUGUUUUCGUUGUUUUAUUCUUGAGAUGGAGGACUGGAAUAUCACCUCAAGGCAGUCUUUCAGUUCCCAGGCUGGAGCUCCUUCUUCUGAUUCUCAUGCUGCCAUGUAUUUCUCAGUCUUCAACAUUUGUAAUAAUAGGCGGUACAGCUAGGGGAAUUAUAACUGGGGCUUUAUUGUUAGCAAUUCCGGUAGCAUUCAUCUUAUCAGUAUCCCUCUUUCAUUUUAUUGCAAUUUUCUUCGGAAAUUUUGUCGAAUAUAAAGAAGUUGGGCAGUUAGCAAAAGAAGAAACAUGGUACAGGAGGUUCUGGUUCAUCCUUACUGGGAGGUCAACAAAUGGAAGGUGGUUUUACAGGGGAGGACUACCUUCAUCGUUCCUCCCAAGAUUUGGAAUCCUUUUUGAUAGCUGUAAGGGUUGUCCUGUGCCCGUUUUUGUUGAUCAGAAUGAUUCAAACACCCACCUGAAUUGGGCUAAAAGUGGCCAAUGUGGGAUUGGAAGAGUGAAGGCACCCAGCUCAGAUGGCAGCAAUAAAGAAAUCAAAAUCCCAUUGUCCAAGAGGGUUUUGGGAUGGGCAAGAUCAUUUUAUAUCAUUCUUGAUCUAUUAAGAAGGGCUGGUUUGGGAAUCAUAUCUGCUGCUUACUCAUCAGAGCGAUCAAGUAAAA